GCUGGAGCAGUUGAAUUCUUCCUUUGUGUUACAUCUAAUAACGCCGCAGAUUGAUCUGUUCUCUCCAGGACUACCAUACAAUUAGCAUUCCUGUCUCUUGGAGUUAGUGUCGAAGGAGUUUUUUCGGAUCACAGCCCUAAUACUUUUUACCUCCCAGGCGGUUACCGGGGAAUCCAAAGAGAAUCGUUUUGUGUAUUUGUGCAUUUUGUGUAAAGGAAUCCACAUGGAUGUAAAACCUGAAAGCUGGAGACGACAACCUAUGCCCCAGAGUCUUUCUGGACAGAAUGGUACGGCUCACAUGGCAUGGAGGAGCUCUGGAGAUGAAAGUUCCUGGAAUAGGUCUCCUUGCGCAGCUCGUCCACACAGCUGUAUUGAAGGCAGACUGAAAGAUGAAUGGCUCCAAACACUUCACGAUCUACAGACUUGUUCCAUUCAACAGCAGCUGCCUCCUUACCUCCAGAAGAACGACACAUCCCAGAGUGUAAGCCCCAGUUUGGUGGCAAGCUCACGAAGCAGUCUGGAGUCUCUAUAUUCUGGGCCGGAGAACAAAGAAAGGGUUCAAAUAAAGACAGGUCCAAGCACUCAGAGAGCCAAGGUGUGCUGCAUUGCUCCAGUUCGGGUCGGAUGGCUGCCCUUACAGAGACACAUGGUGAGGAAGGAGAGGCCGGAUAAUGCAGCUCAACAGGAUGGCACCACGUGCAAGGUGAAGCUGAAGCCACCUAUCACCCCUGUAUUAUGCUGCAGUUCUGUCAAAGCAAAUGGAUCAGAUCCAGGAGACAGGACUGCUGGACUCGGGGUCAGGGGAGCGUCUGGAGCCAUCUCUCUACAGGUUGAUGAUAAAACAAAGGCCACUCUAGCAGAAAGAGAUCAGGGCACAGCACUUGAUCAGGGCACCAGAGUGCAGGACAUGUCUCUUGAUGGAUUUCUGUGGCAAACCCCAAUGCACAGGAGAAGAAGCAUUCCCCAGAUGUCUCUCCUCACAGCACCCCCUGUAGGUGGCAGAACAUCUCCCAAACACAGCAGCUCUAUAUCCUCCAUCACAAUCACCUCCAGGAAGGCCGUCCGUUCCUCAAGCCUGCCUGAUACCAGCAUAUCUAACCAUGAGAGAGGCAUGGAACCCAGCCCUAUGGCCAUAAACAACUGCAUCAUUGACCCAGGUUGUGCAAACACUCCAUACUUGACAGAGAUCAUUCCAAGGAGGAAAGCCCUUGUGGUCAAAAUUACUGAGCAAAGAGUAGAUACUAGUAGAUUUCUGCAGCCAAGUGAUAAAACUGGCCCAUCAUAUAGUUUCCCUUCAAGUGGGAAUACUGGAGAAAACUAUUUCUUACACUUGUCCACUCGAAGGAGCUCUGAUCUUGCAGCUUCUAAUCUCUCCAGCAUGAAGAAUCACCCCUUACUAGCUUCCUUAAGCAUGACUGGUAGAAAUAACCAUAUACCAGAAAUGUCUAAAAUGACCAACAUAGAAACCCACUCUCAAGUCCCUUCUUGCCUAGUCACCCAAGAGCGGGUGGUGCUUCGGAGGAAAGCCAUCAGUAUCAAGGUGCAGGAGCAAAGGGAUACCUUCAGCAGAGAGGAUGAGGACCAUAGAAGGAAAAUGGCCUACAGGCACAGCUUCAGUGGCCUCAGAGUCACUGACAUGAAUCCACCAUUAGACAAUGAAUGCAUGCUUUCUGAAUCCGAGAUGCAAGCUGUGAGUAGCAAGACCAAACUAUACAAAUCCACAAUGUCCCUCCAGCUGACAUCCUCCAAUGGACCUCGUCUGGAUGAUGCACACACUUCAAGAGACAAAUACUGA